AUGGAUUCUGUUGAGCUCGAAGAACCCUAUGACGAGGAAGGCAAUUUUAGCUAUGGCCAUAGCGAGGAUGACCUCGACAACGAUUACACAGGCAGUGGGGGUGAGCGAAGUGGUGAGGACCGAUACGCGAACAGUGAGAGCAAUGGAAGCGAUGAAGCUCCCGAUGAUGCUUCAGCAAAUGACACGGAUGGUGAGCUUAGUGACAGUGUGAUUAGCGAAAAUCUUUCGAUGUCACCAAGCGAUGAUGACGAGGAGGAUGGAGAGCUCGAGACAGGUAGCAUGGAAAGCGAUACUAGUAGCUCAGACGAAGAGGACGAAGAGGAGGUGAAUGACACAGGAGGCGAUAUUAGUGGCCCAGACCAAGGGGAUGAUGAGGAGGUGAAUGACACAGAAAGUGACGAUAUUAGCUCAGAUGGCGAGGCAGUAUCAAUCGACGAAGGAAUCAUCAACCCAGUAAGCGAUGAAAGCGGCUCGGAUAGUGAAGCAGAUGUCUCGAUUGGAGAGGGCGCUGGGGCAGACACCUCAGUAGAAUCUGUGGGAUACAGCGGCAUGUGCAACAAUGACAGCACUACACACCAUGAGCAAGAAAACGUCUUGACGAGUACGCGGAGUAGCCCGGGAGGGUGGACGGAGCUCAAAAAAGGACAGAACAUCGCACCUAUCCACCAUCACAGCACCUACCAAGCUUAUCAACCCAACAACAACUAUCAAUCUACAUACGACCAUCAAGCAACCAACAAUUAUCAGCUAACGAACACCCACCACCCGUACAGCAACAAUGAGAAGACCAGCAACUCCCCGACGAUCGUUCAGAGCCGAAAGAAGGUUCCAAGACGUCUUCCUGAAGUACAAACUGUGCUCGAUGCGUCGACCCUCAAUCGCAGCAAUAUGCCAGCUGGCGUGCAAAAGCUCGCGCACCGAAAUGAAAUGGCGUCCAAGAAAUCUAAAGACGACGCCCGCAGAACCAACGAAACUCAUCUCUCGCACCGUACCAAACCCAAUCAGGGACACGCUGAACUACCAUUCGCAACCAAGCAUCCUCGAAUAUCGAAAAAUCUUGGGAAGUCGAAAGCCGGCAAUGAAAUCAGUAUGGCCGACGAGCUCUUCAUUCCGGUCACAUCAACUCAAUCUACCAAAAGCAACCCAAAGCCCAAAACAACAAAACGCUCUCCUCUCAUGCACGAGACGGAAAGAACGCCUGUAGCAACUGCAAGUCACGUAUCCAGCAAAAAGAAGCGAAAGCCUACGGUCCUUGAGAUGGAGGGAUCUGCAAUCCAAGUCCCCACCAACACCAAACAGCAAUCCAACAGCAAGGCCAGCGAUACGAAGUUAUCCAAGAACGACACGCUUCGCUCUCAUCCUCGACCACCCCCCGUAUCUUCCAGCGACACAGAAGAGACAUGGAUCCCUACCAGCUUCUCCAACCCCCCUAAGGUUCUUCUCAAUGGCAUCUUCGCUGGAGUGAUGAUGCAGAGGCGAAAAUCUACAGCAAGCAUAUUUGAUCAUGCAUCGCAUGCAAUCAUCGGCUUCAGUAUGUCGAAAGAGCAAGGCAAGCGGUAUGAGGAGGCUGGGAUGAAGAAGUACAAGGCGGCCAAGGAUGGUUUUACACUGUGGUGGAAGCCUUACACGCCAUCGGCGGACUACUUUGAUAGGGCAGACGAAGUUGAGUGA